AACCGGAGGUGGGGAUAUUUUACCAAUGCUUUCUGCCUAAUGUGACCAUUUCUCACUACUGUUCGACAUACUGGCUGAAAAAUGGGAGCCUUUGGAGUGAUAUUAUGGAUUUUACAGUACGCGGGACUUUACGUUCAACUUAACGCAGCGCUCAUCGUUGGACACGGCGAGGUGGAUAAUCACAUCUCUGGAAAUGCGCUCUUUACAGAGGUGCCACAUGACAUCAUAACACAGAGCGGUGAGGAUGUAGAGAUGGCCUGUUCCUUCAGAGGGGCGGGCUCCCCCUCCUACUCCCUUGAGAUCCAGUGGUGGUACAUCAAGGACCACAGCAACCAGCAAGAGAAGACUUCACAGCCCACCAGUAAUGUUGUCCCCCUGGAGGAAACAUCAAAAGAUGCCACCAAAAUUAGUGUGGUUAAAGUUGCUGGCAGCAACAUCUCCCACAAGCUCCGCCUCUCUAGCGUCAAGCUAUCAGAUGAGGGCACAUACGAGUGUCGAGUCAUUGAUUUCAGUGGCACCAAGGCACAGCACUACCGUGUUCGCGCCUACCUUCAGGUGGAACCGGAGAGGAGACAGGGGAUCCUGAAGCAGUACCCUGAGCACCAAUCAGAAGGCAAGAACCUGAAGAAGAGAUCAGCCAGCAGCAGCACUGACUGCAAUGAGAGCUGUGUGCUUUAAAGAGGGCGGUCUGUCCGUCUGUCUGCAUGUUCAAGACCUAUCUCUAAUGAGGGAUGGUCAUAAACACACACGAGUGUGCAGUCGAGGAAAUCGAUAUAACAGGACACUUUGUGUUUGUCUUUAAAAUUGCUGUCUGAAUGCCAAAAAGGGAAUGAUUUGAAUGACAGUACACAUGAUUGUGUUUCGUUUGUUGCUUUUUCUUUCAUUGCAUCAAGUUUAAGUUAAUGUUGCAGUGAGGAAAACUUUUGUGAUUUUGUUGAAGGAAUCGUGCUUUCAGUAUCAAAGCACCUAAACCCCUCUGACAGUUAGUUUACAAUGCAGUCAUGAGUUAGAAGCAUUUUCAAUAGCAGAACUAAUUAUAUAAGCUAACUUGAAGUUCAUUGUACUGGGGAAAUAGACUGUUUAGUUUCCUUUGCAAUGUAUUAAUUUUAC